AGCAGCUCGGAGUCGUGAGCCCGAGUCAGAACUGCGUCCCUCGGCCCCGGGUGCCGGCUGCCGGAGGCCGGCGAGUCCGCGAUGCUGCCGCCGCCGCUUCCUGAUUGGCUGAGGCGGGUUACCCCUUCCUCCUGAUUGGCGGCGACUAAGCUGGCUUUCACGACAAGUUCCGAGGGCCACGCUGUUGACGUCCGCAUCUUAAAACGUCCCCUAAGAAAGCUGCACCUGCGAGUGGGUCCCAGGCAGGGAGUGCAGGUCACCUUUGCCCUCCCUAACUGAGUGCCUUGCCCCUCCCCACAGACGAUGCUGAGCAAGGGACUCAAACGCAAGUGGGAGGAGGAGGAGGAGAAAGAAGCCCUGGAAGUGGACGCCUGGUGGCUGGAUCCCGGCCACCCUGCCGUGGCCCAGACGCCCCCGGCUGCCACGGCCUCCAGUUCCCUGUUUGACCUCUCUGUGCUCAAACUGCACCACAGCCUGCGGCAGAGUGAGCCGGACCUGCGGCACCUGGUGCUGGUGGUGAACACGCUACGGCGGAUCCAGGCAUCCAUGGCACCUGCCGCCACCGCCCUCCCGCCUGUGCCCAGCCCGCCAGUGGCCCCCAGUGUGCCGGACAGCCUGCUGGCCAGCUCAGACGCCGCCCUCUCCGCCUCCAUGGCUAGUCUGCUGGAAGACCUCAGCCACAUUGAGGGGCUGAGUCAAGCCCCACCACCCCUGGCGGAUGAAGGGCCACCAGGCCGCCCCCUGGCGGGAGCCCCGCCCAGCCUGGGCGCCUUGGACCUGCUGGGCCCCGCCAGCGGCUGUCUGCUGGACGAUGAAUUUGAGGGUUUGUUUGAGGACAUCGACACUUCCAUGUAUGACAGUGAACUCUGGGCACCAGCCUCAGAGGACCUCAAACCAGGACCCGAAGGUGGCCUGGGCAAGGAGGCCACUCCGGAACUGGAUGAGGCCGAGCUGGACUACCUCAUGGACGUGCUGGUUGGCACACAGGCUCUGGAGCGGUCGCCAGGGCCUGGCCGCUGACCCCAAAGCCUGGACUGCUUGGCUGGAGUUUGAACUGCGCCUGGUGUCUGGACUGGCUUUCUUUGGCAAAACGCAGCUGGCUUCCCUGGGCUGCUUGGGAAAGGGCACUGGGCACCUGUCCUCUUGGCUCAGGACUGGUGGGGGGCAGCCUGCCUGAGAGAGGCCCCCUGGCCAUGGAGUGGCAGGGUCUAGUGGCCGGAACGCGACCCGGCCAGACCCUACACUGAACUGAAUCCUUGAGGGUAGCAGCCCGGGCUGUUCUAUUCUUCUUGUUCUUCUUCUUC